AGGGGAGCAGCGAGACGGGCUCUCAGAGUCAAGUGAUGGGAAUAAGGUCCCUCAUAAACUCGGAAAAUGGUUCUCAUAUUCCCAAGAACUCAUUCCAGAGUUGGGAAAACUAUUCCCAAGCACUGUUGGAGAUUCCAUGGCGGUUGGCAGACAGGGUCACGAGCAAGUCCCAUGACCAAACGGAGAUGGUGGAGGUGAAGGCUCGGAGCGGGCAUGAGAUGAAGAAGACACUCAAUUGGUGGGAUCUUAUUUGGUUCGGGAUGGGUGCGGUUAUCGGUUCGGGUAUUUUCGUGCUAACGGGUCUUGAGACCAGGGAACAUGCUGGACCUGCUGUGGUGUUGUCUUACGUUGUUUCUGGCGUCUCCGCCUUGCUUUCUGUUUUCUGUUACACCGAGUUUGCCGUGGAAAUCCCUGUAGCAGGGGGUUCGUUUGCCUACCUAAGGGUAGAGCUCGGCGAUUUUGUGGCCUUCAUUGCCGCCGGCAACAUCCUCCUCGAGUAUGUGAUCGGUGGAGCUGCUGUAGCACGUUCUUGGACCUCAUAUUUUGCCACUCUUUGCAACUACAAAGCCAAUGAUUUUCGUAUCCUAGUCCAUUUUCUCCCAGAGGACUACAGAAAGCUCGACCCCGUUGCCGUUGUUGUCAUUGUCGCCAUCUGUGUCCUCGCGGUCCUCAGCACCAAGGGCUCUUCCCGUCUCAAUUACAUCGCUUCAAUUGUGCAUAUCAUCGUCAUCAUCUUCAUCAUCAUUGCUGGCCUUACAAAAGCCGAUGUCAAGAAUUACACCCCAUUUGUCCCUUUCGAUGUUCGAGGCAUCUUUCAGGCUUCGGCCGUGCUAUUCUUCGCCUAUGUUGGAUUUGAUGCCGUUUCAACCAUGGCCGAGGAAACCAAGAACCCAGCUCGAGACAUCCCCAUAGGUCUUCUCGGCUCGAUGGUGGUUACCACCUUGGUGUACUGUUUGCUAGCCGUGACACUCUGCCUCAUGCAGCCGUACGCUGAUGUUGAUGCAGAUGCUCCAUAUUCUGUUGCAUUCCAAGCCGUGGGGCUGGGAUGGGCCAAGUACAUAGUUGCUGCCGGAGCACUGAAAGGCAUGACAAGCGUUUUGCUAGUCGGAGCUGUCGGCCAGGCUCGGUAUCUUACGCACAUUGCGCGCAGCCACAUGCUUCCCCAGUUUUUAGCCAAAGUCGAUCCAAGGACAGGCACACCCAUUAAUGCCACGGCUGUCAUGCUCGUCCCCACUGCUGUCAUUGCCUUCUUCACAGAUCUUCGCGUUCUCGCCAACCUCCUCUCAGUCUCCACGCUGUUCAUCUUCAUGCUCGUGGCUGUUGCACUUCUUGUCCGCCGCUAUUAUGUCAGUGGAGUGACAAAACAACUGAAUUGUGUCGUGCUCGUUGUCUGUCUGGGGCUAAUACUUGGGUCCUCGAUCGGGACUGCUACUUAUUGGGGCAAAAGUACUGAUAAUCGCUGGCAUGGAUACGCAAUAACUGGGCCAGUUUGGCUUAUCGGGACAGUGGGGCUUUGGCUUUUAGUUCCACAGGCAAGAAAACCAAAGCUUUGGGGUGUACCAUUAGUUCCAUGGCUGCCAUCAGCAUCGAUUGCCAUCAAUGUUUUUCUUCUUGGAUCGAUAGAUAAAGCAUCGUUCAUAAGGUUUGGCAUUUGGACUGCAAUUAUCUUGGUUUACUAUUUGUUUUUCGGAUUACAUUUUUCAUACGACAAGGCGAAGGCAUCUGGGGAUCAGAAGAUCAGGAUGGAGGAUGGUGCAGAGUUGAAGGUGGUAGAAGAGGGCGCUGACUCUUCUGCUACAGGUUCUGCAUCAGUUGGUGGCAGUUAA